AGAUAGACAUGGACUGGCUGUGAAUGAAAAGAUGACAACAGGCGCUCACGCUCCUCUCCCUUUCCUGUAGCGUACGCUCCGACGGCUGCAGUCGCAGCGACGCAAAAUGAGAUGACGAGCGGAGGCGGCAGAGGGGAGGAUGUUGGAGUGGAGUGAGGCAGGGCGGGGUUGCUGAGUAACAGAGGCAGGAGAGGAAAGAAGCUGCUUUCACAGGAGACGGAUGAAGAGGGUGAAUCCACGCAACGUGAGUGCCGGCAGUGGAUGAGGGAGGGGGGGCUUCCAGACUGGAUGGGCCCAGCGAUGCCUUGAUGGAGUAUGGGCCAGGUUUUAGGAUUCUCCCACUGCCAGGAAUAUGGCUCUGUGGCAUCCACCCCAGACUCAACACCUCCAUGCACCGAUGGCGGCAACGAGGAGUCAGAGAUGUGCGAUCUGCAGACAGCCAGAGAGUGGUCCGAUGAUGACGACGAAGAAGUGGAGACAGGAGAUCCAGACGACGACGAAGGACAAGCUUCCUCCCCGUCCAUCUGGGGGACUCCUCGCCAGCACUCCUUCGAGCUGACCUUCUCUUACAUCGCCAUCGCAGAGGCCGAAGCGGUUGGGAGCUCACGCCACCAUCGUGAGCGACGCAGGGGUAUCCCCCGGCUGGGACGCACUCCUUUGAUUCGAACUGACACGUUGGAAAUGCUGUUAGACUCCCCUGAUGAGGACUGGGAGCCACAGGGGUUUCUCAAUCAAGAUGAAGAAGAGCCAACAUCGGAGACUCGAGCGCGGGAGUCGGAGGAACCAGGGACAGCAAGUCCUGUGGGAAGAAGGGAAGGGGAGCAAAGGGAAACUCUUACAGUGCAGCCCGCUCCUGGACCUCUGGACUCAGAAAGCGAAAGGACAGAUGCGGGAGACGGACGAGAAGAGAGCGCAGCAGAGGAUUCACCAACCUCGGAGCCCGAGUCUCCCGUCACCUUGGAAACCAUUUCAGUCAAGCUGCUCACCUCUGUGCGACCCACAGACCCAGCGCGCUCGUCUGCGGCUUCCGUAGGCCGCAAGUCUCAGGAACAGCUGCUCAGAGAUCACUGGUUUUCAGCACCGGACCUGGCAGAGGAUCUGACCGUAUGCAUCCACAUAGCAGUACUGGACCUCAUCUACUGGAAGGACACAGAGAGAAGUGGCAUGGUGCUCACUGCCUUGGUGGUGGGCUUACUGUCCCUGUUCCAGCUCAGCAUCAUCUCUGUGGUCUCCACCGUCUCCCUGGCUGUCAUGUGCUUCACCAUCUCUGUGCGCAUCUACUACCACUUUCUCCACAUCCUCAGCUGGGGGGACGGAGAACAUCCUUUCAAGUCAUACUUGGAUCUGGACAUCAGUUUAAGUGGAGAGCAGGCUGACAUCUACAUGCAGAAAGCCAUUGUUCUGGCUCUGUCUGCUGUUGAUGCCCUGAGGAGGCUGUUUUUUGUAGAAAAUCUUUUUGAAUCCCUCAAGUUCCUGUUUCUGAUGUACCUUGUCACAUAUCUGGGAGGCCUUUGCAACGGCCUUACCAUCCUCAUCAUCAGUGUGAUUGCUCUCUUUUCUUUGCCCCUUUUCUAUGAAAAACGGCAGGAGCAAGUGGAUGGCUUUAUUGGAAAAAUUCAGGUCCAAAUUGACAGCGUGAAGGACUUUCUGCGAAGACUCGCCCAAGGCGGCGGCCCUCCUCCUGAUACGACUCCUGGUGGUGCCAAGCCUAAAACCCAGUAAAAUCUGAUGGACAACAACUUUAGGAGAAGCUACCAGAGUUGCAGAUUGCCACUCAAUGUCUUACUCAGCAGUCUGUCCCUUAGACCUCCAGCGGAUGGCGCUACAGACACUGGAAACCUGAAGAAAAGAGCAACGAAGUUCUGUGUACUAAGACUGUGUCUAGUUUCUAGAGGUUAGAGGACGGCUCUCAGAUGCUCUUAAGGCGAAGUGAGAGCUAAUGGAUUCUAGGUGAAAACAAUCUGGUAACAUCAUUUUUGGAAACAUAAUUUUAGCGUUACAAAGGAGAUUCGAUGAGCAUCUCAGUUAGAGCUGUUGUACUAAUGUGCUAAAGAAGGCGAGUGGGAAUUUCUCACCCCGACUCGGUCAGUCAGGUGAUUUAACGUAUAUGAGAGGACAAAAACAGGGAUCAUCAUGGCAGCAUAAAAUGACCACAUCUACUUCUUCUUCGUUCAGAUACAUUUUCAUCCUCACAACUGUGUAUCUGCAUGAAUGCCAGUGUAUUGUUUUGAAUGUGUGCGUCUGCUCUGACAAAUUUACUGAUUACUGAAUCUGUCGGCCCCAAUUAAAACAAAUUUCUUCUUUA